CUAGCGUGCAGUGGUAGAAGGCAUGGCGUGAAUGCGGGCGCCUCCAUGUCAGCAGAUCAGCGGCGCAAGGCUCCAAUGCUCGCCAGGACAGGGGGUUCUUGAGAAGAAUACCGGUGUGGAAUAUGGCUAAAGAAAUGAACGGGCAGUAUGAGCCUGUCGCAGAGAUCGGCGUCGGGGCUUAUGGCACGGUAUACAAGGCCAGGGACCUUCACAGUGGAAAGUUCGUGGCCCUGAAAAAUGUGCGGGUGCAAACCAACGAGAAUGGGCUCCCCCUCUCUACUGUCAGGGAAGUGGCUUUAUUAAAACGCCUGGAGCAUUUUGACCAUCCAAACAUUGUAAAACUCAUGGACGUCUGUGCUUCUGUCCGAACCGACCGUGAGACUAAAGUGACGCUGGUGUUUGAGCAUGUGGACCAAGACCUGAAGACUUACUUGAGCAAAGUCCCACCUCCAGGUCUUCCACUGGAGACUAUUAAGGACCUUAUGAAGCAGUUCCUUCAAGGACUCGAAUUUCUCCAUUUGAAUUGCAUCGUGCAUCGAGAUCUUAAACCCGAGAACAUCUUGGUGACAAGUGGGGGACAGGUGAAACUCGCCGAUUUUGGCCUAGCGAGGAUAUACAGCUGUCACAUGGCUCUCACGCCCGUGGUAGUGACGUUGUGGUACAGAGCCCCAGAAGUCCUGCUUCAGUCCACGUAUGCCACGCCGGUAGAUAUGUGGAGCGCGGGCUGCAUCUUCUCAGAGAUGUUCAAGCAAAAACCCCUGUUCUGCGGCAAUUCAGAAGCUGACCAGUUGUGCAAGAUAUUUGAAAUGAUUGGGCUUCCUUCUGAAGAAGAGUGGCCAGCGGAUGUUACUUUGUCUCGUUCUGCCUUUUCCCCGAGGACUCAGCAGCCAGUGGAGAAGUUUGUGCCGGAAAUUGAUCCCAAUGGAGCUGAUCUUCUGCUGGCCAUGUUGACCUUCAGCCCUCAAAAACGUGUCUCCGCCUCCGACGCUCUGCUCCACCCCUUUUUUGCGGAGGAUCCCCAGGCCUGCUCCAAACAAGAACACUUUACUUCUAUCCGCCCCGUGACGGAUGAUGUGAAAUGAAACCUCGGCCCUGGUGGGGGGCACCUGAGUUGGCUCUGACGUGGGCACAUUCUCUGCUUUUGCCUAAAAGGAAUGUUUUCAGCAGGAUGGAAAGCAAAUUAGGGACAAAGUGACCAUUUGAUGAUUGUGAAACAUUUUCCUGACUUUAAUGGAUUUUAUGUUGUAAAUGUCACUGUGACCGAUGCAAGAUGAUCGCGGCCUUUUUAUACUGUGCCGUUCCGUGUUGGUGCCUCACCGGUCGUUACAUUUAUGGUUUGGGGAGACGCACAAUAAGCAACACUGUCCUCUAUGCGUCUGUUGUUUGUUCUCACCACAAUGAAUGACCAAUGAUGGUGUCAAAUCUGGAGAAUCAUUUGGUGACAAUAUUUAUCAAGGUGCUCUAUCUCUCGGGUGUUAAAAAAAAAAAAAA